GAGGCGACCCCCCAGGCGGAGGUAGGGGAGGCAGCGAGCUACAGCAACGCUCGCUACUCACGCUACAUCACGUCAUCAAGCAGAUCUCAUCCAAGAGACUCAUGCACGACAGACGGAAGUUCCAAGAUAUUUCAAGCAAGCUGUUCCCGGAUUUACACGCUCUUUAUAAGGUAGAAGUGGAACAUUUCUUUGGACCUGCCGAGUCUGCCCCAGAAGGCAUUGUAGUGUCACUACACAGAGCUCACUAUUGCCUCAAGAUCCUGCGACAGAUGGCCACCUACGGCUUCAAGUCCCCAUCUGACGUUCCUCAAGUCGCAGAAUUUUACCGCAGUGUCUGCGAACAAUCCAAAGCAAUCUUGCUGUUUCGCAAGCAACAUGAAGGUGACGAGUUAAAAGGCAUCUCUGAAAAAUAUGCCAAUCUGCUAAUGAAGUGCCUCCUUGAACUUUUAGAAAACUACCCGUACUGUUUCUUGAAUUAUCUUGCAAAUGUGCUGAGUCUGGUUACGACUCUUGUCUUCACGGACGAUGGAAACGCGGUGCUUUAUGAGAGGUUCACAGUUCAGUGCCUCUGCAUGAUCAAGAGUAUCCUUGACUGCCCAGAAUAUCAAGUCAACAAAAUCGUUGAAGAAACCAAAAACCCUGAAGCCUUGCAUGCAUACAGAAUAAAGUCAGAGUUCUUCACAACUACGGUGUUGGAACAAAUUUGCCAUCGGCUUAUCACGCAGUACUUCCUGUUGUCCAGGGAGGAUUUGGAGAUCUGGGAAUCUGAUCCUGAAGGAUUUUGCACUGAAGUGGAAGGAGGGGAUUCAUGGAAGUUCAGUUUACGACCAGCCACUGAAUGCCUGUUCAAAAAAAUGUUUCAUGAUUACCGAGAACCUUUCACUCGCGUAGUUCUGUCCCUCAUGACCGAUGCUGUCAAAAUGACGGACUCUUCUAACUUCCAAGGACUGCUGUCCAAAGAUGCCGUCUAUAAUGCAAUAGGCUUGACAUCAUUCGACAUAGUAGAGGAGGUUGAUUUUGACAUGCUUUUUACAACACAUUUAGUACACGAACUCAAAAUCACCGACUCAAACUACCGGAUUCUCAGACGUCGCAUCAUUUGGUUGGUCGGGCAAUGGACCGAUGUGCGUUUCUCCGCUGAAAACAGACCAUUGUUAUACGAGGCUUGCAUUCAUUUGUUGUCGACCGACUCUGACUUUGUGGUUCGAUACUACACAGCCAUGACUCUCAGAACAGCCAUUGAUGACUUUGACUUUGAUCGCAAGUGUUUCGUGCCUUACUUGUCAUCAGUUGUGACGCUCCUCUUCAACCUCCUUAAAGAGGCCAAGGAAUGUGACGUCAAAAUGCAGAUCCUGAACGUGCUGUCGAUCCUGAUCGAAGUGAUGGGAGUGGAGGUACGGGAGGCGGCCGGCCCCCUGGUACAGUUCCUACCUCAGCUGUGGCAUGACAGUGAACACCACAACCUGCUACGCUGUGCCAUCCUUACCACACUCACACACCUCGUCUCCUGCAUGGGGCGUGACAGCAUUGCGAUGCACGACUUCCUGCUGAAAGUGUUGCAUUUGUCUACUGACACGACGCAUGCCAGCCACGUCUACCUGCUGGAGGACGGCCUGCAACUCUGGUACUGCGUCCUCGAGAACACGCCCUCCUUGCCUGCUGCGGUCUCUGGUUGCGUUACAGGCGCAGAGAGCAACAACUUGCCUGAAGUUCACAGUAACUUGCUGCAGCUGUACGCUAACUUGCUGCCUGUGCUGGAUGCCUCCACGGACUACCUGCAGGGCUGCACGCAGAUCACCACAGCUUACAUCCUCCUCUGUCCCACGCACUUCCUGCACAGGUACGGCCGUGAGCUGCUACAGGUGCUGGGCGGGCUAGCCAGCGACCUGAAGGCGGAGGGGUUGGUGCUGGUGCUCAGGAUGCUGGAGGCCGUCGUGCGCACCUGCUCCGUGGAUGGCGUCCUCCUAGUCACGCCCCUCGUCGCCAAAAUAUCUUCUAACCUGCUCCUGGACGAGACGAGCACCUACCCGAUGAUGGUGUCUGCCCAGCUGUCCCUGCUGAGCAGGAUUCUGCUCGUCCAUUACGACAGCUUCACUGCAAUCCUGCAGCUAAUAAGCCAGCACGUGCAGGAGGCAGACGAGGCGGUGCUGACGGCUCUGCUGCGUGUCUGGUGCUCACGUCUCUCCGUGGUCACGCCUGACGAGCGUCGUAAGCUGGCCGCCCUCGGCCUCUGCCGCCUCAUUGCUGUCCAUCACCCCGCCCUCCUGGCCGUCUGGAGCCGUGCUGCUGAGGCCAUCGUUGAGGUCAUCUAUGACGUCACCAACGAGGACACCAAACAGGACAAACUUGUGAUAAGUGACAGCGACUACGGCUCAGUUCAGCCUGACGAAGCGAACUCUUCAGCGUCCUCUUCGUCAGCGGUGGACCCGAGCUACCUAGCCGCCCUCGCCGAGGACGAUGAUGCCCCCAGGGUCGCCUACAGCGAGGACCCGCUAGCUGUCGACCCUGACUGCGAGCACAGCAAACGGCGUCAUGCUCUCGCCAGGAUUGAUCCUGUGCAUAACUUCCCUCUGCAAGGGUUUUUUGGCAACGCUCUCAUGGAGUUCCAGAGGGCGGCGCCCCCCGAGACCGUCCAGCACGUCAUGGCCAACCUCACUGAUGAAGUGCGCGCCGUCAUCAGAGAUGCAACCUCCAACCUCUCCUUUAAACCGUCAUAAUCACGUCAGAAUAUGUUCUCAUGACGCGCAUGUGUGGCAUAAUUGUUCUCCAGUUAUGUCAUCACGCGUCGUUAUGACUCAUAAAAUAGUGUUGUCAUAUUGACCUCACUAUAGGUCAUACCGACCUCGCAGUUGACGUCACGAUGACAUAUCUUGAAUGCAUAAUUGUGACGCUAUAACUCAUCAGAACAACACUUUGUUAUCACGAGCUCUGCUGGUGUGAGUACAACAUGCCCAACUGAAUAUAAUUAUCGCAUAGAGAAUUACGGCACCUCCUCAAACGCAUAAUUCGGUUACGCAAAAUGUACGCGUCAAAAAAUGAACAGAUUGAGAGCGGAUCUAUUCUUGUACUACUCUAUGUAUUGACAAUUGCAACCAGAAAGGUUGUCAUUUGCAUCACGUUAUUAUGUUAAAAGCUGCUUCAGGGGCCGUUUCUUACGUUAAAAGCAAUGUUUCGUUGAACUGGAACAAUCUCACAGUGAUGUGUAUAAUCUGCAGUGUGUUGUGUAAUUGGUUUGCAUUUAAAUGCUCUCGAUGUCCUUUGAAUACUUUAAUUUUUAUGCCCACGCAAAAGUCUGGUUUUAAUUAAGCUUUGUAAAUAAUCAUUAAAGCAUAUCGAUUUGUAGGCGGGUGCUUUCGUUACAAUUUUUAUGAAUUUAUUGCACAUGGUUCAGUUGAGUAGAUUAUAAUGAUCUUCACUAACUGAUCUUUCAUUUCUCGUGAAUUUAUUACACUGUUUCCUCGAGCUUCAUUUAAUUGCUUCUAUUCUACGUUCAGUCGCAAGUUCCGAGUUUCACUCUUCAUCAAUUCUAUCUAUCGCACUCCACUUCUCUGUUCAGCUCUAUUGAUAUCAUGAACAAGUCUCACUUAACUUCUCAUCGGUAAUAUACAAAUACAUACUGAUUUAUUUGGUUUGCCUCACGUCCUCGUGUGCAAAUAAUCAAAUUAUCUGGCAGCUUUACAUAGUCAAUACCGCUGAGCUGUUCAGCGGUCUGAGGAGAAAGACACCCGAACUCUUGGAACUGUUCAGUCGUCUUAAAGACGACUGCUACCCAUACCUACAUCUGCGGUUAACUGCCCUUCUUUUAUAUUUCUAUGCGGUGAUCUCCAAUUUGUUAAAGAGACUACAAAUAAAUCAGCUCAGUGCUCUAUUUGCAACCAUUGCCUCUGCCUCCUUCUUGGGCUGCGCUCACGCUCCUUCACAACGUGUGGCUCUGUGAACGAACUUCAAUUGAUAUGCCCUGACGUACUAGCAUUUGUUCGUGCCGUUUUUUCUGUUCUACGUAAUUUUUGUUUUUUUUUUUUUUCAUUUUUUGGUGGUGUCAGAUUUAUUCUGCUGUUCUUAAUAUCAUUGACUAGAUAAUUUUUUUCUUGUGAAGGGUACAUAAGCCAUCAUCACCCGAUGUGGUGAAUGAUUUAUCUGCAAAUUUUUGGAAAAUGCGCCCGUGCAUUCUAAAUCAUUGUUGUUAGUUGCAAGGGGGCAACAAACCCGUUUGUUUCCGAUCAUUUUUGGCGUAAAUAUUAUCGACAAAUUUAAGUUUAUUACUUGCCACAUGCUUGUUUAUGCUUAGUCUCAUUCGAUUGAUUCGUAUUGCGCACAAAGUGAUAAAAUUGUAACAUGUGUUUCUACAGAAAUGAUGUGCUGACAACUCGCGUAAUUUUAGAAAUUAAAAGCAGCUAAACUUGCUGUGAAAAUGCUCUGCUCUUGACACAUAAAAUGAGGGACUUACGAUGCCUCAAUUGUUUUCCUAUGCUACAAAAAAACCCACAUUUUCUGUUUAAAUACGCGACAUAAGUAAUGGUAAAGAGUAUUACUUAUUGACUCUAAUUAGUUCAGUAACUUAGAAGAGUCAGCUACCGUUGACUGUCAAGUUGUCUGUUGACAAACCACAUCUCCGUUUGAUGUUUCCCUGGACUGCCGCUCUGAACAAAUCGGCUUGAAUAAUUAGUGCCUAAAGGAAAAUCUUGUCUGGCAAAUUUUUCACAAUUUUUCCGUAGACCCAAUGAAAUAUUGUACGCGUUUAGAAGCAGCUGUUACCACCCAAUAAGUUGUAGGUCAAUUCGACCUCGGCAACAAAUUUAAUUGUGCCAACUUUUACUUCUGUUAAUAGGGAAUUAUUUUUUAAUUUUUAACAGUUUUUAAACAACACAGACAGUCACGAUAGUUAAUCUAUUUCCCCAGUGGAAAAUAUUGAUGCUGUCAUAUUUGUCAUAGCAAAUAUUAAUACUUUGCGAUCAUAUUUUCUUAGUUAUGAUAUUUUCAUCCUGUUGAAUAUGCAAUUCAUUUUCGGUUAUCAUUUUUCUCACUCUCGUUGCUUUCAUGACUAAAGCUGAAGACUUGCUUGAACCACAUUAUUAUGUUUGUAUACUUUUUAUUAUAUUGUUGAGGAGAAGUUAAUUGACGGCUAUUAACUAUUUUUGACCAUUAUUUUGAACUCUGCACUGUCACUGCACGAAAGUGUUCAAUUGAAUCAAUUGGGAUUGUGUGUUCUUCAGUACUGUUUAUUCUCCAUUUAUUCUCGAGCAAUGAAUGAGUUUUGUGUAAGAGUACAGUUAGUGAGCAUGCCUUCCUGUAAAAGUUGUUAAGAAUGAUGAACUAUCCCCCAGUAAGCCGGUAUACUUUAUCACGAAAAUGCCUGGACUUUUUUUACAUGAAUCUUACAGGUUCUACUAAUUGUCUCUUUGGUCAGAAGGCCGUCUCGUAGCAACUUGCUUUAUUACAUUGCUAUUCCUUCCAACGUUCGAAGAGUAACACGCUGAAGAAAUAUCUGUAAUGAAUCUAAGAUGUAAGUUCUCUUUAUUUUAUUUUGUACUAUAUUUUCUCUGUGGUUAUUUUGCAUAAGUUUUGCUGUUAGUAUUCAGCAAUUUGUAUCAAUGUCAUAAGACUAGUUUAUUUACUGUAACUUAUAAGAUUUUUUUAAACGUCGGUGCUAUGCUUCAUGAGGGAUUUUCUUUGCCGCUGCCUCGACUAUUACUAGUGAUAUUUACGUGUGUAUACAGUAUUUAACCAUUUUUGUGUAAGUGUAUGUAAAUGGUACGUAACUUUUUGUUGUAUACAAGUAAACAGUACGUAACCUCUUGCUGUUUACGUGUAUAUAAACAGUACGUAAUCUUUUGCUGUAUACAAGUAAACAGUAUGUAACCUCUUGCUGUUUACGCGUAUAUUAUCAGUAUGUAACCUCUUGCUGUAUACGCGUAUAUAAACAGCACGUAACCUCUGGCUGUUUACGCGUAUAUAAACAGUACGUAAACUCUGGCUGUUUACGCAUAUAUAAACAGUAGGUAAUUUUUCCUGUAUGACGUGACAUUAAUCAAUGAGUGACGGCAUUCACAUUGUAUUUCAUGUGUGUUACGAAGUAAAGGUGAACAUGACGACCGUUUUUUCGGUGCUGUUUUGGUAUCACACGAGUCUUGGAUGACCGUGAAAUCGAAGGCUGUGUACGUGUUGUUCUUGACAUUAUUAUCCUGCAUGCUGUUGUGUACACAUAAUAUAACACCGUUUUA